AUGGAGGAACUCGUGCGCUCCUUGCGCAACUUGGAGCUCGGCGCGCCGCGCGGCGAGCAGAUUGUGUCGCUUGUCGAUGCGGAUCCACGUGUAGAAAAGCAGCUCGCUCAGGAGCUCGCAGUUCCGGCGCGCCUUGACUCGCUGGGCGAGGAGGACGCGGCGGCGGCGCUGAUGGACGCGGCGCUGCUCAGCGGCGCGACCGAGGCGAUGCUCGCCAACUACAACCGCGCGCUCCAGAGCGAGGUCGAGGCGCUCCGGCGCGAAAAGGAGCAGUGCAACGCACCGAAACCGGUCAAGCGCGUCCCGCUUAAGGCACUGCUUGCCCAGCAGAACGCCAUGAUUCGCCGCCGCGAGCAGGAACGCGCGGCGGCUACCGACGAGGAGGGGCGCGUGUACAUGCCCCGCCAGAUUGUCGACUCAGACUAUACGUACUGCUCGACGCGCCCUGUCGAGGCGCUCACGCCUCUGGAUAUGGAUGAAUUCGAGGCGCCAAAGCGCUUUGACACGAGGUACGUCGUGGUGCGCGUCGCCUCGCGCCUCGGUCUGUACGCCUCGUGCUCGUUUGUGGGGCAGCUGCCGUCGGGGAAUGCGAUCCCAGUGAGCAUUGCGUACUUUACGCCAAACCUGCUCUUGCAGGGCGACGAACUGGAUGCGAUGCUCCCUGAAGGUACACUCCUUCUCAUCCGCGAGCCGUACAUUAGCACGCACUACCUCGGCGUCGGCGGACCGAUUGCGGGGGGCAAGGGAACGACGGGUAUUCGUGUAGACACGCCGUCGGACGUACACGUUCUCGACGGCAGCGAGCCGUGGCUUAAAGAUGCAUGGCCCGACGCACCGCCCCCUCCUCGGCUCGCCCUCUGGCGCCAAGAAGGGCCGCUUGCACGUGCCGUGCGCACGCAGCUUCCGGGUGCGUUGAGCGUGCCGGACGCGUCGCGCACCGACGCACGCACGACUAUUGCGCGCUUCCUUGCACAAGACCGCCCCGGCGCAGCAUGGCGCGAGAUGCAGGCCGCCUCGCUCCUUGGCGUAUGGGCCACGAGCGGUGACGAGCAGAUCGAGGACGAGCUGCUGCGCGCCGACGUCCUUGUGGCGCUGCGUGCAUACGACGACGCAAAAAAGGUGCUCGAUCAACGCACGUCGCCUCCCCACUGGGCGGAGCGUGCGGCAUCGGUCGCCAAGGCGAUCGAGAUCGGCGCGCGGGGCCCGUCCGAUGCCGAGCUGCAGCGCAUGUUUGAGACGACGCUCGAGGACGCGACGCCGCGCUUUUCGUACGCCGAGUUUAUCGGCCCGGUGGCUGUGGAAGACAUCCCGAAUGCCGGGCGUGGCCUCGUGCUGACGCGCGACGUCGAAGAAGGCGAGCUGCUUCUUCUGUGCCGUGCGAUCGGCAGCAGCUACAGCAUGGACGCGGCGUGCCGCGGCGUGCCGCUGCUCCGCUGCAAUCCUGAUACCGGCGUGACGAGCACCACGACUCAGGUCCUGGCCGCGGCGCGGUGCAUGCACGCGAUCCUCGACCGCCCCGAGCUUGCGCUGCCGUUCCUGGGCCUGACAGCGGGCCCCGACUUGGCCUACUCGCCGUACGUCGCCGAGACAUACCCGCUGCGCACUGCGGCCGAGAUGGACGCAAAGCAGGCGAUUGCGUCGUACACGCCGCCGUACGUGUCCUCGGCGUAUACCAAUGGUGUGCUGCGUUUUAACGCGUUUGGCCCCGCGGCGACGCCGGCCGCCGCGAGCGGCAACGAUCCCAUGUCGCGCUCGACGAUGCCGCACCCCCUGCCUGCGAUUUUGAACCAUGCCUGCCUGCCGAACGUCUCAUCGGUCUUUUUCGGCGAUAUGGUCACGACUCGUGCGCUGCAUCCCCUGCCCAAAGGCACGCAGAUCAUGCACCAAUAUGUGCAAGGUGAGCUGCCGUACGAGACGCGGCAGUCGCUCCUGUCCAAGCACGGCUUCCAGUGCGCCUGUGGCCUGUGCCGUCUUGACGAGCAGGACGGCAAGGCGGCGCUGCGCAAGCGCCAGGAACUCAAUGCGACUGUCCUGCCCCCGCUGGUCGAGCGCAGCCGCGCGCUAGAGAAGAAUGCGGCACUCGCCGACGCGGAUGCACACGCCGAGAUCGCACAGUCCCUUUUGGACCUCGCCGCGUCGCUGCAAGAGACUUACGGCGCGGAACGCGGCGCACUGCGCCCCGACCUCGUCGACGUGUACCACCGCGCCGCGAGCCACGUCCGGACGUACGACACGCACGCGGCGAUCGCCCAUGCGAGCGCCGGCCUCGCGGCGUCGGGCAGCGUGCUGGCGCCUGUGCACCCGCGCCGCAUCGCGCAGCUGCCCGACGUGCACUUUGACGGUGCGAUCCAGUGCAUGCUGCUGCUGGGCCUGCUGCACCUCGACCUCGGCGAGGAGGACGAGUGCUGCACAUGGGUCGCGACCGCCGUGUAUACCCAUACGUGCAUGAUCGGCGGCGGUCUUGCGCUCUUUUUGCAGCGCUACGGCGAACAUAUCUAG